AUGGUCCUGGGCAUGGCGCGCCACGGGGCGUCCCGGGAAGCUUUACAGGAACUAUGCGGAAAAUGGAACGAGCCGGAGUACAAAGCCAUCGUCAGCGGAGAGAAUAAGCUCAUCGAAAAGGUCGCACAGGAUCUGGCGAGGGAAGGCCACAAGCAAGAGCUUCUCCAAUUAUACGCCCGGGUAGAAGAGGACGAUCUUCAGCUUGCCCCGCGACUGCACGAGAUUAUCACCAUGUUCUACGCGCAAAACAACAGGGUUCCUGAGGUCAAGGAAUGGUUUGCCAAACCAAUGCCUAUUGAGGGCCAGGUCCGAGCAGAAACAUACUAUGCUGUUGCAAGCUUCGCUCGGAGGAACGGGCUACAAGAGUGGGCCAAGCCCUUUUUCACGGAGCUCAUGGAAAGGCAACCGAGGAAAACGCACUGGCACGUGGUGUUGCAGGCGAUGUUGCUCAUGGGCGAGGAUCUGUCGAAUGUGCGCAAGACCCUGCUGAAUAUGCAGGGCCCCAACGGGCCGCUGACUGCGGACACUUCGACCAUCAACGCAAUGCUGGAUGUUGCUUGCGACACACUGGACGCAGAACUGGCGGAUGAGAUUCUAGCCAUCGCUAAGGAAGAGUCGAUACGGACCGACGCCGAGACAUACCUAAGGUUGAUGUCGUUACAUCUUACAGCUGGGUCUCCGCCACCCAUCGUGGACGUGGCCUUUGAAAAAUUCCAAGAGGCCGGUGCACUGGAGCCCGAUGCGCCGAUGCAAUCGUGGGCGCAGUACGCGCAGCUGCUCAACAGGUACCUCCUCUACCUGACUCGGCAACGGCCUGUGGACUUUAAGUCAAUCUCGAAGAUCCUCAAGGUGAUGGAAGAGGAGAUGCUUCAUCUCAACCCAGACACAGCCGCAGCCCUGUGCCUCCGGUUCCUCGAGAACGAACAGACCGGCGAACAGCGAGACCUGGUUCAGCAAGCAAUCAUGUCGUUCACGCUUGACCCGCAGACCAGCACUGCACGCGCAUGGAACGCGUAUCAGAUUAUGAAAGAGUUCUUCCAAGACCUCAGUCGCGAGAGGAGAGAGGCUGUGCUGCAUGCCUUCUUCGACAGGAAGAGACCCGACAUGGCGACGCAUGUCAUUAGCCAUAUGCGGCAACACUCCCGCAUGGAUGUGCAACCAACCAUAGACACCUACGUGUCUGUCUUUGAGGGCUUUGCGAAGAAUCCCGAUCGCCAAGGGACAGAGAACGUACACAAUAUGUUGAAAAUGGAUGUGCGCAUCCAGCCUGAUACCAGGCUCAACACGGCGCUCAUGCUCGCCUACGCAGCGUGCGAGCGACCAUUGUACGCCCUUGACUUCUGGAACGAGAUCAAAUUUUCUGCCGAGGGGCCUACGUAUGGGUCACUGGCCGCUGUGUUCUGGGUGCUGGAAAGGAAAUCUGAUGGCGCCAAGAUGGCGAGAGACAUCUGGGCCAAGAUCGAGAGCAUGGAUCUGGAGGUGCCCGCAAGCGUCUACACUAACUACAUUGGCGUGAUUGCGGCGCAAGGUGACGAGAAGGAGGUGAGGGGUUUGGUCACGAAGAUGGCGUCCUUUACUGGGGUGGAACCGGACGCAUUGACCCUCGGAGUCGCCUUCAACGCCCUGCCGGGGGACGACCUACAAGCCUCGUUCAAGGAAUGGGCAAAACAACAAUACCCCGUCCAGUGGACAGCGCUGCAGAAGAAGAGGAAGCACAUGAAUGAGCACGGGCUGUGCGAGUAUAGAAUCAGCCGCAAGCUGUGUGCCUGA